GCCUGUUGUAUUAUAUGUUUUGUGGUAUAGCCCCUGCCCCUUGAUCCAUUCCCAUUGAUGUUAUAUGAUGUAUGAGAAGACCAUAUGACCAUAAUAUGGAAGAACAACUGGACACUUUUAUACCCACGAGAGGCUCUAUGAUGCAAAAAAAAGGAAAAAUAGAUUUCCAAGAAGUUACGUACGAAUCUUAUAAAUCCACGAAGAGAAAGAAAAAACUUAAUGGCUCCGAAGAAAUUACAAAAAAUAAAGAACAUGGCGAUUUCAAUAUAAAGAAAGCGAAACAUGAGAUUAUCAAAUUUGGUAUGUCUGGUUUUGAUCCACAGAAGAAAGAAGAAGCUGAAAUACAAUUGGCGAUAAAAUUAGGAGCAAAACCCCCCAAAAAUAAAUAUAAAAACUAUAAAUUAUUGCAAGUUGAGAAGAAAAAAGAAAAGGAAAAAGAAACAUCUAGGCAGAACUUUCUACAGUUAGGAAAAAACAAUGCAGGAAAAUCAACAGCCAAAGGAAAAAGUUUUGAUCGAAAACGAAAGAAAGGAAAAGGUGAUAUUUUAAGUAUUUAUGGGAAAGUAAAGACCUAAACAAAAUUAAACUGGACGGAAGUGUGAGAGGAAUGUUUUUUAAAAGAUGAGUUGUUUUAGAUUAAAAUAUUUUAUAUAAAUGUCUGAUCUUUAUAAAUAUGGAAUAUUU